ACCGGAGCUGGGCUGAGGAACAUCGUUGCAGAUGGACGGCAUACUGAACCGCAGCGCUCAGGAUGCCCAGGAUUAUUACCAACUGCUGGGCUGUGACGAGCUGUCCACGACAGAGCAGAUCGUUGCAGAGUUUAAAGUAAAGGCGCUGGCAUGCCAUCCUGACAAGCACCCACACAACCCGAAAGCAGUGGAACAAUUUCAGAAGCUGCAGCAAGCGAAAGAGACCUUGACCAAUGAAGAGAGGCGCUCCCGCUAUGACCAUUGGUAUCGCAGCAGGAUUGCAAUUCCAUUUCAGCAGUGGGAGGCGCUGAGUGACACUGUUAAAAUGUCCAUGCACUGGGCUGUGAGGGGUAAGAAAGAGCCAAUGUUGGAGGCUCCUAUUGUACAUUCAGAAGGUUAUACAAAGACCAGGGAACAGAGAGAGCCAGCAGAGGAGGAAUGGACUCCAGUGUCUGAGGGCAAUGAGGAACAGGCUAAUCAGGACGGUGCUGGGACCAAAGAGAAAAUAAUGACUAGCGAUGACCCGAAUUGUUCAGAAAGCCCCACCUCUCCACGCUUUUUAAAUGUGAAUGAUUAUCAUGACCGUUUCCGCUGGUCAGCAGACUCUCCUUCAGAACUGCUCCGGAAAUUCAGGAACUAUGAAAUCUGAGGCCGGUUCAGACACCGGAGGAGUCACCAAAUGUCUCAGUCUUUUCGUUAAAAUGUCUUGCAGUGAGAUGAGCUCCUUCUCUGACCGUCGAUGUUGUGCAGAGUCUUUUUGCUGUGUUAUCCUGUGCAAACACCUGCAGUAAUCCCUGCAAGAGAGUGUGAGAGAGAGAGAUGGGACCAGUGGUUAGAUUUGACAAAAUUGUUGCCCCUGUUUACCCUUGAUCAUUGAAUAUUAAUGUUAUUUAGUUGAUGUGGGACUGUUGUAGAUAUGUGUGGAGCUAUAUGUGAUCUCCAAAUACCAUUUUAAAUAGCAAAUAAAAAUUUUGUGUUACGCCAUCUUUAAUUUAUUUAAAGAAUAUUUUCCUUCAGUUAAAUUAUUCAAUUGUA